GAGCUGUGUGAGGAAUAUAUUUUAGCUGUUGACCUUCUACAAGGCUAAAAGAGUAUCUCUCUGGAUUGAAAAGCCUAGCAGUGAUGAGGAUUUUUUUAAUUCUUGGACCUUUUUAAAAUAUUGUUAGCAUUUUUUUACACAAUUGUUAUGCUUGCAUUAGUAAUGGUUUUGCUAAGUGGUCUUUUUAUUGACUAUUUUGGUAAUGCAUGGAUCUUGAAAGAAUCUAAGCAGUGUUUUUUAAGUCUCCCUAUAGGAAGAAUCUAUUCCUGCAGAUGCACUUGUUUAGGAUUUGAUUUCACCUUGUGCAUUUUAGAGACGGUAUGGAUGCCGUGCUAUGAUGCUGGAAACUGUGGCAGCUGUUCCUGGUAUGGUGGGAGGGAUGCUAUUGCACCUGAGGUCUCUUCGCAAGUUUCAGCAAAGUGGUGGUUGGAUUAAAGCUUUGCUCGAAGAAGCAGAAAAUGAGAGAAUGCACUUGAUGACAAUGGUGGAGCUUGUGCAACCCAAAUGGUAUGAGAGGCUUAUGGUUUUGACUGUGCAAGGAAUAUUCUUUAAUGCCUUCUUUGUUCUCUAUAUACUCUCCCCCAAAUUGGCGCAUAGAAUUGUUGGGUAUUUGGAGGAGGAAGCAAUUCACUCAUAUACAGAAUUUUUAAAGGACAUUAAUAGUGGUGCAAUAAAAAAUGUUCCAGCCCCUGCUAUUGCAAUAGACUAUUGGAGGUUACCUAAAGAUGCUACCCUGAAGGAUGUUGUUACUGUGAUUCGUGCUGAUGAAGCUCACCAUCGGGAUGUCAAUCAUUUUGCUUCUGAUAUUCAUUUUCAGGGAAAGGAAUUGAGAGAGGCACCAGCUCCUCUUGGUUAUCGUUGAAACUAUUUUGAAUGUAGUGAUUCAUGGACAAAUUCACAUAUGAGGGAAACCAAUAGAAUUAAUGAUCUAUUUGUAAAUGUUUUAAACUGUGAUCCGCACUAGGGUGGAUACUUUUGCCGUGUGAUUGUAUGAGUGAAAAUUAGAUGUAGAUUUUUAACUAAUUAUGCCUGAAUUCCAUGAUUUCUACUUUCUAGACAUUUAUUUCGUCUAUUUACUUAUCUUCU